AUGCCAAUAAAGAAGAAAUCAAGUAUACUACUGCAUAAGACAAAAUCUAUAACUGGUAAAUCAAAUUCGGUUCCAAAAUCUUUAAAACCUCAACAAACUAGACAGAUUAUACGACGAUUCCAUGUUUUGCAGAAGAAUAAAUACUCAAUUUUAACUAAACUACGAAAGAUAUACCCUGAGAUUAAUAUUGACAAUUAUAAGGAGCUAAUACAUGGUAAAAUUUAUCAAAAUUCAUUCAAUAUUUUCCAAAUUCCAGCAAAAUACUCGGACAAUAAAAUAUAUAAGAUUGAUGAAACUUUAUCGAUAACUCAAUUGAUUGAAAUUUUAGCAAAAAUUGAUUCCGAAAUAGAACAAAGAGGAGGUAUUGAGACUUACCAGUCGGCAUCAACUCAAGGUCAAACUAAUAAACGAGGUGGUGACUCUUCAAAGAAAUUAAUUGAAUGGUUAAGAGAUGAAAAAUAUGAAGACAAGCUAAAUAAUUUAACAGCAUUAGAAAUUGGUUGUUUAAGUCCAAGUAAUGCAAUUACAACUUGCGGAAUAUUCAAAGAAAUAACAAGAAUUGAUUUAAACUCUCAAGAUCCAUUAAUAAUAGAACAAGAUUUUAUGAAACGACCUUUACCAACCGCUCCAAAUGAAAAAUAUAAUCUAAUUUCAUGUUCAUUAGUGGUCAAUUUUGUUCCAUUACCUAAAGAACGAGGUGAAAUGUUGAUAAGAAUAACAAAGUUUUUGAAAAAGGCGACUAAAGAUUCAUUAAGUUGUUUGUUUUUUGUGUUACCCUUGCCGUGUAUUACAAAUUCAAGAUAUUUUGAUAAUGAUAAAUUACUAGAAAUUAUGAAAAGUUUAGGUUUCACCCAAUCAUUUUCCUAUGAAGCUAAUAAAGUAGCAUAUUGGCUAUUUGAUUGGAAUGGUAAAAUUACAAAUAAGAAAUUCAACAAAAAGGAAUUACAUUCAGGGUCUUCAAGAAACAAUUUUUGUAUAACUAUACAUUAA